GAGAAGUCGGCAUGUUACUUUAAGGAAUGCUGCGUCACUGACGUCAUCACGUUAGAGUUGCUCGUCCAAUCACACGCGUCGUCUCGCAAGAACCGCGCGAUACACGAACAGACAAAGAAGUCGUCUUGCUUUCGACCAAAGAACACCAGGUGCUAGGUUGGUUCAAAGUUGAGAGCCAGUGCUUUUUUGGUUCAAAUCUCGUGCCGCCCCAGAACGGGUUUGUGUUUCCAUUCAGAAGGAGCAAAAUUGGAGCUGCGUCAUUGCGCCACCACAAAACGUGUGUACGUCACUGCGUACGUAGCCGUUCAACAGCGUUCACGCUGUACGGAAACCCACACAACAACAAUGGAGGACUUCAUUGGAGUGGUGUUCAUGGCUUUGCUAGUGUGUCUCGCCAUCGCUGAACAGCAAAACCUUCUGUUAGGGGUUACCCAUCGGCGUCGCCGUUCCAAUGCCCAGCGAUCACGUUUGAGAAGAAAGAUGUUUUUAGAUGUCACCCCGCCCUCUGCCCGUGACGUGCUCGGCUCUCAACUCUGGCCACCUCUGGCCCAGCAACGAGUUGGUGCCCGAAACGGCCCCAGAGUUUGGAGCCCGGAGCCGCAGCUCCGGUGGUCGAAACACAAAAAACCGGCGCCAAGUCGGGCGCCGGCUCCAACUCCGAACGGGCUCCACCCCGGUCGAAAAGAGGGAGUUUCUACAAUGGCGGCCCGGUAUCACCAGUCCGACUCACCACAAACUCCUCGCAUAGAACAGCCUGAACAUGACCGACUGGUUCCAGUCAGACCCGCGACAGACACUGAGAAGAAACUAUUGAGCGUUAUCAGCCGGCUGUCUGGCCAGAGAGGACCGCUGGAGGAGAAGCUGGAGGAGAGGAUAGCCGCCAUGGAAGCAAAAUUAAACACUUUCUCCAGCGGCGAGGAAAUUCAGCGGAAAAGAGGAGAGCACAGUCCUAAAAUUGCGACUGGGCUCACCUCACAAUGAGACAGUCAGGACAUAUUUAGUUAAAACUUUGGCUGAAGUCCAGAUGUGGAGGAUGUGGAGACAGACGUCCUUCUACCUGAUUGUAAAAAGCAUUUUGAAACUCUACGGAGGAACUACCGCUACAGUCAACCCAACAUGGCGGAUCAGGCGGAGGCCAUGAAGUCUUCUGCCCCGAGUCACCACAGAAGAAAGAGGGAGUGCCGAUGGUUGAAGGAUGGAAGCACUGUACAUGUGCCGCUGAUGCUAGUCGUCCGUGUGCUUGGUAUGGGAUUUCCAGUAUAUGAUUUUAUGCUCCUAGUUCCAUGAGAUAUGAGUGUGUUAUUAUAUGCAUUGUAUUUUUGUGUUGUUAAAGAUGAAAUAUUUGUAACUACUGUUUGUUACUGCAUUCUGUGCUUAGCACCAAGGCUUAUACAGAGCACUGUGGUAACUGUGUUUUUUUGUUUGUGCUAGGGGCCACAGCCGUAUGUUUCUUGUAUGUUUCUGGUUCGGAUACUGUUUCUAGUACUGUUGCUUAUAUAGUUGCUAAUGUAUUGUGCCCUAAGUUUUGGGGAAUACAUCUCAUUUUAGAAAUUCUAUUACUUGUAAAUAAAUUGGGAAACAAAGAACCCCCACAAAAAUUAAAUUUGAAGUAUUGGUGUCUGAUUUAACCCGGCUUCAUAUAUGCAACAAAAGUGAGAAUGAUGUUAGAGAGAACUCCGUUUCUGAGUCGGAGGAUGGAGGAAUGUGUGUGAGUGACCAGGAGGAAGAGGGACUGAACAGCCAAGAACGAGAGCAACUGGGUAUGACACUCACCGAUGCGAGGGGCUCCGGAGGCGUGGAGGUUCCUGGUCCUACACGGGCGAAGGAGGCUCAGCCGGAGAGCCGGAACCGGGAGGAGGCGGUGGAGAAGCUGGUCUGUGAGGAGCCACAGUGUGCUCUGGAUGGAGUGGAUGAGACGGAAGAAAUGCCUGAUGACACUGUCCCUGAGUCACAGUCUCAAAUUCCGCUGGGGGGAACCCGGUCAUGAGGCUGUCAUCCUCUGACUCGGAAAUGGAGCUCUUGGAGCUCAUAUCUUUCAAUGCGUGUGGGCUCCGCACAGAAGCUUCUCUUGCUGAUACCCUGACUUCAUGGAGGAGGUGAGUCAGUUCAAUAAAGUUUUUCUGUGUUAGUGAAGUUAACAGUGUUGUGUGUUUAGUUAGUGGCUGGAACAUCAUGAUAUGUUUUUGGAGAAAGUCCUAUCAUAUGGUAUUCCUUUCUAACUAAGCACUAAACAUCAAAAAUGUCCUCUUCUUUCCCAGUAUUUUACAGUAGAAAACAGGAUUCAGUCAUCUCACAUUAAAUCUGAUAUUCUAAUGGUGUUUAAAACAGUUUAAUUCUUUCAGAUGCUUGAUGGUGUUGAAGGAUUUUAGGAGCGAAUAAAUAACAAAUACAUGAAACAUCCUUCACUCCGAUAAUUAGGCUUACUGCAAAUCUCAUAAAGACAAGAGGCACAAAGUGUCAGUCUCUGGUUUAGGGUUAAAUCAAUAUUUACAGCCAAUAGAAUCUGUUAUUGACACAUAUCUUUAUUCUGUAGAGCAGAGCUGUCAAACUCAUUUUAGUUCAGGAGCUACAUUCAGCACAGUUUGAUCUCAAGUGACCAGUAAAAUAAUAACCUAUAAUAUUUCCCUGUGUUUUAGUGCAAAAAAAUACAUUCUGAAAGUGUUCACGUUUAACAAACUGUCUUUUACUUGAAGUUUUUAAAUGAAAAUAAGUGCAAUUUCAACAUCAUUAUGCCUCAGUUUAUCAUUUAUACACAAAUUACAGAUCACAGAGUGUCUAGAAAGGCACAAAAUAUUCAGUUGCAGAUAUCUGGAACUCAGUGAUGUAGUAUUUUACUUUGUGAUCGCAACAACUUGUCAAGAUAUGGAAAUGAUUUUAAUUUGAUAUUCAUUUCCACGUGUAGUAAUCCUGACACCACAGCAUACAAACUAAACAGGAACUAUUAAGGAAGAAGUUUCGGUUAUCUCCCUGCCUUGUAAAUGGAGAAAAUUUAGAAACAUGUAAUUUUUUAUUUUUUAAAAAUGCAUAAAAGUUGUGUUGGUGCAUGAACUGAGGCUGCUGACUGACCUUAUAUUGCACAAUGUUCAAUGUCUUUAAAUAUUUUCACAGUAAGGAUUCAUCUGUCGAUCUAUCUAUACCUGAAACCUCAUCCUCUGUAUAUAGUCUUCUACAUGUUUUUUUUUUGUUUAAAGAAUAAAAUCAUCUGUAUAUAAUGCUAUGGGAGGGCUGCACAGUGGUGUAGUGGUUAGCACUUUUGCCUUGCAGCUAGAAGAUCCCUGGUUCGCGUCCCGGCUUUCCCGGGAUCUUUCUGCAUGGAGUUUGCAUGUUCUCCCUGUGCAUGCGUGGGUUUUCUCCGGGUACUCCGGCUUCCUCCCACAGUCCAAAAAUAUGCUGAGGUUAAUUGAUUAUUCUAAAUUGCCCGUAGGUGUGAAUGUGAGAGUGCUUGUUUGUCUUUGUAUGUAGCCCUGUGACAGACUGGUGACCUGUCUAGGGUGUCCCCUGCCUUCACCUGAGUCAGCUGGGAUAGGCUCCAGCCCCCCCCCCGCGACCCUAGUGAGGAUUAAGCGGUGUAUAGAUAAUGGAUGGAUAAUGCUAUGGGCAAUUUUUGCACCGUUUUUUUCUUAUUUAUUCUUGCACUGCCUUUAUACUCUUAUACUUUCUCCUUUCCUAAGGAAGAAGUUUCGGUUAUUUCCCCAGUUAUGUUUGAAAUGUAACAUUACUUCUUCAGCUCAGUGCAUCAGUGAUCAUAUUGGUUUAGUGGUUGGAAGUCAAUAAAACAUUAGCGUCAGUCAAAUUGAAUGCGUCAGUGGAUGGAAGUGGUGGUUGCCUUGUGCUGCUCUUCACUUCACUGCAGCUCCAUGGCUCCAUCUGCUGGACGGACAGAAGUGCAGCAGCUGAUGGCAGCUUCUUUGACCUCACGCUGCUGUCAGACCCACAGAUUAGGGUUUAUUUCAGAUAUACAUAAUAGAAAAUAGUAAUUAAAAAAUAAGCUGAUGUUGUAUUUUUGCAGCAGUGGGUUUUACAGGGUUAAGAGCAACCAGUCAAAGGUUAUUACUUUUUUUUUUUUUUUUUUUUUUUUGGUCUGCAUUUGUUCUCAUUGUUUAACUCCACAAGAAGGGAGUCAACAUUGUAUGAGAUCGAUGCAUAUUUUAGUCUUGGAGCCAAAUAUUUUAAUAUUUAGUGCAUGUGUGUGACCAUCACCGGCCCUCCCUGAAAGCUAAGCAGACCUUCUUUAUUCGAAUUCCCUAUUAUAAGCCAGGGAGGGCAGUGCUACACCUCAGUGAUGUGUGGGGGAAACAAAGACUGGACAGGACGAACAGGACGAACAGGAUGAACAGGGAUAGAAAUUAACAGGCGGUGCUAUUGCAAUUAAAGAUAGUAAGGUGGUGUGUUAUUCCCAACUACUAACUGUCAAUCAAUUUAAAAAAAAUAAAAAUAAAAAUAAAAAAAAAUUUUGAAAAAAGAAAAGAAAUCCAAACCAGCAGAAAAGAAAAAGAGAUACAAUAAAUAAAUAAUUAAACAAACGGUACUGAGCACCAUAAUUGUGGAUGUCUUGAUAGUGUAGAAUAGAAUAGAACAGGCCAGAAGAGGAUACUAGUGCAAGAGAGAAUGAGUUUAGGGUAGAGACUCUGGAGAGAUUCUCAGCACAUUCUGGCGGGUCCCAUCAUUCACUGAAAUGGGACUCGGCAGUAGCUGGCGAGACCUGAUCAAACAUGCAAGUGUGAAGAACCCCGAAGCCCAGAACAGCAAUCAAGGCAAGGCAGGGCCAAGCCAACAGGGCAACCCUCCCCCCAGGCAGUAGGAGCCACAGGGCGGCACCCCCAGAGAGCCUCCGGGGCCACCGUGGACGACGCGGACCCGGAGAACAAGAGGGAGCAGCUACCGACACCCCCAGCGCGCCAAGACCGCCCCAGGCAGCCCGGGGCACGAGGACCCACCCGCCACCCAAACCCCAACCCCGCCCACCCCAGCCCCAGCCCCCACCAAACCCACCACCCGACCCGCCCAACCCCACCCCCUCUCCCUCCCCCAGAGGGGGCCAACGCCCCACACAGCCAGGAAGCCAGACACAGGGGCCGAGCGGCCCACCGAAGGGGCGGCAACCAGCCCAUCACAAGGCAGGCCGCCACCGGGAGCCGGUCAGAGGAAAUCGGAGCCGGGACCCGAUGCGAGUCCAGAGGGUAGAAAUGGAUAGUGUGGUGGGGCCCGGCGACGCCGACAGGGAGGCACCCCGCAUACCCCCCGCACCAGGCCCCAGGUGAGCGCAGUACACCCAGGGCCCCCACUCCCCGCAACGCGCCCUGACGACCCACCAGGACAGAGCCACCACAUGCCGCCAGCCCGCAGUACAGCUACAGCGCCCACCAGGACGGCCAAUCCAGCCCCCGCAGCCCACCAAGAGCCAUCGCACCAGCCUGGACCCGUCGGGCACGCAGGAGAACCCCCCCCGACCACAGCCCCCAGGUCCCGGGGACCCCCCGGCCACAGCAACACGGAUGAUGGUCCACCCCCGUCACCCCAUAGCCAUAAGGGGGCCGGGUCCCACCAGCGAGGCCAUAUUAGUGAAAUCCCCCCAUUACUCCCUAUUAAUAUGUCUCCCGAUCCCAGACUGGAGACAUUAUCCCUGCACCGUGAUAGUGUAACCCUGAGUGUCAUGUGGUGCAUUAAAAGUGGGGAGGCUGGGUGAGGCGUCCAGGGGGCGGGCCAGAGGACCACAGAGGAUGGCUACUCUGCAGCCUACCCUGACCCAAGUUCCCCGAGCCGUCCCAGACCUACCCCCAAGCUGUGAGUGUGUGUGGUGCAUUAAAAAGAAAUUAGAGAGCAGGGGAGGCAAGCAAGAGGGUGAUGGGGAAGAGACAAGGCCGUAGAGCCCUGCCAUCCGCCCCACCACAGAGCCCAUCGUUCCUGCCCCCACCUGCUCUCGGGGCCCUAACUGUUGUGUCCCUAUAUGUGCCUAAGAGUAACUAUAUACAGUGAUGUGUGAAGUAUGUGAAGUGCACAGUAAGAGGCAGUCUGGUGUGGAUCCGGCCCAAGAGGACAGAACAGCGGGGGAGACAGGUAGUAAGACCACUGGUACUGGUGCAGAGGGCCCCCAGAGCCCGGAGGCAAGAGGCCGAGGUGGGCCCACCCGAACCCGACCGGCCCAGCCAGCACCAAAACCCCCAGAAGUCGGAGCGCUAGACCAGCGCCCCGGCAGACGCUGCAGCCCCACCACGGGCCAGCCGCAUGCAGCACCCCGCCCCGGAGGGAGGACCAGGCCGCACCACCAGGAAGCAAGGGCCAUGAGCCCCCACGCCCACCCCGGAGCCGGUACGUCCAGGAUGCAGGGCGCUCACCCCGCAGCACCACCGAGACCCCACCCACACCACUACUCCCCAGGACAGCACCGGGCCCGGACAGAAGCCCCCAGCCAGCAGAAACUAAUCUCCAGUGGCGGCACACAGGCAAGUACCAAGGCCUGUGCCCGGAUGAGCCAGAGCCACCCCCCCAGAGAGACCACCCGGCCCCCAUGCCAGUCCCCCAGGCAGCGGAGGGCCCCCAGCCCCCCCAGGGGAGGGAGAGGGACGAGGACGAGCGGCCAGGCAGGAGAGGAGGGAGGAGGAGGGAAGCAGAGCAGGAAGGGACAGGGGAGCGACCGGAGGGCCGACCCACCCCAAACCCCAGGGCCAGCCAGGGCGCCCCAGAAGAGACCAGCCGCCGCCACCCCCAAGGCCCCGGGAGAGCGCACAGGCCCAGCAGACCCAGGGCUCGAAGGGAGAGACACCGGGGACACCCACCCCCAGGCAGAGGGGCCCGAGCCACGCCGGCCCCGCAGAGCCAGAGAGCGACCCCAAGAGCAAUAGGAAAAGGACACCAUUAGUGCAUGCACACAGCCUUGAAGUCCAUGGUGCCAUCCUACUUAAAAAGUUACUUCAUGGGUGAUCUGAACUACUGGGAGCAGGCUUGAUUGAACACAGUCUGACUGCUGCAGGAAGGAAGGACCUCCUUCAAACAUCGUGGGUGAAGCAGUCUGUCCCUGAAGGAGCUGCCGGUGAUGGUCCUGUUUCCUGCAGGGGGUGGGAGAUGUCCUCCAUGAUAGACAACAGCUUUGUCAUCAUCCUCCUGUCUACCACCAGCCCAGGACAGAGCUUGCUUUCUUAACCAGUUUCUUUAGUCUCUUCCUGUCUGCAGCCGUGAUGCUGCUGCUCCAGCAGACCAGUCCAUACAGGAUGGCUGAUACCACCACACAACCAUAAAAGGUCCUCAGAAUUGCUCCCUGCACCCCGAAGGACCUCAGUUUCCUGAGCAGGUGAAGUCUGUUCUGACCUUUCUUAUACCGUGCAUUGGUGUUCUAUCUCUAGACAUGUUUGAAUGUCUUUAUCAAUAAAUGCUCAAACACA